AUGGGCUAAGGCAUUGUUCUUGUCUGAAUAGGUACAGCAACAACAAUGAAUCAGUAUCCCGGUGGUUUUGUGCCCAUGAUGAUGCCAUCCGUACAGUCUGUGCAACAGCCCUACAUGGUGGUACGUCUGCCUCAUGGGAUGCCACACCCAGCAGUGGCUCGUGGAGGAACUGCCCAGCCCAGUGCUGCCUUUCUGCCAGGGAUGCAGAUGCCACUCAGUGCUACAGGAGCCACAACGGCUGCAAGAUUUGGUACACAAGGAGGUAUUUUGGCUUCUCCAGCUGUAACAUCACUUCAGGGUGCCAUCCCAGGCAUGCAGAGUGUGGCAGGUCUUCAGGGAGUGCCUGGCAUACAGGCAUUAUCAGGUGUACAGGGUGUAGCUGGUGUUCAGGGAGCACCAACCCCUCCAAUGCUGCCAGUGACCUCCACUGCAUUAGAUGUGCAGUCACUUAACCAGAAAGCCAUGUAUGGUGCACCAUUAGGCCUCAGUGAACAGAUUCUCUUAGCUCAACAACAGCAGCAGCAGAGUCAGCAGCAACAGCUGGUUGGGCAACAGGAUGUAAAAGAAGGAGGAUCUUAUGAUGUCAAUGUUAAAAUGGAGCUAGAUGAUUAUAACUCUGACCUCAACCUUGUUAUAGAUGAAGAUGGAUUUGGUGCUCAACCCAUGGUAAAUCCACCAGGUUUCAAUUUUUGCUGGGCUGGAGCUAGGGCAACAUAUGGAGUCACAAGAGGAAAGGUAUAUUAUGAACUUCAAGUGACUGAAAACCUUCCAACAGACUUUGGAGACGACCACCAAGAAACAAACCCUCAUGUUAUACGUAUUGGAUGGUCUAUAGACCGAUCAUCUUUUCAAUUAGGAGAGGAGCCAUAUUCUUAUGGUUAUGGAGGAACUGGCAAAUUUUCUGUGAACUGUAAAUUCCAGAAUUAUGGGGAGCAGUUUGGCCAAGGAGAUAUCAUAGGCUCACUGUUGGACCUAGAUUCUCGACCUCCCACCAUUUCCUAUACCAAAAAUGGGCAGUGGCUUGGCAUCGCAGCAUCAUUGCACAAUUUUAAAGCAGGAGAAAAGGAAUUUGCCUUAUUUCCUCACAUUCUUUCAAAAAAUUGCAGGUUCCGACUGAAUUUUGGUCAGGAAGGUCCAUGGUACCCUCCUCCCCCAGGAUAUAACUACAUUAGUCAUUUCCUUGCAAUAGAUAGAGUUCGAGGCCUUGAAGCACCUGCUAAGAAAUCAGAUUGUGAGAUGAUCAUGAUCAUUGGCCUUCCUGGUGCUGGUAAAACAACAUGGGGAGUUAACAUGGCUAAAACUCACACAGAUAAACGCUACAACAUCAUUGGCACAGACACGUUGAUUGACAAGAUGAAAGUCAUGGGACUUCCAAGGAAGAAUAAUUAUCAUGGUCGUUGGGAUGUUCUCAUUGACAAGGCAACAAAAGCUCUCAACAAGCUAUUUGAAACAGGGUGUAAAAAGAAUAGGAACUACAUUCUGGACCAGACCAAUGUAUACCCGUCAGCUAGGAGGAGAAAGAUGAAGAAUUUCAAUGGGUUCUAUAGGAUAGCAGCAGUAAUACAACCAGAUGAUGCAGAUUUGCAGCGCAGAUCUGAAAAACGGACAGUUGAAGAUGGUAAAUUUGUACCAGAGUCGGCUGUUCUAGAAAUGAAAGGGAAUUUCAAACUACCUGCAGAGAAUGAUGACUUAUUUGAUAGAAUAGAUUUUAUAGAAUUACCUCGAGAGAAGUGCCAAGUGUUGGUGGAGGGCUACAACCAGGAGGGAAUUGCUAACAGGCCGCCACGGAAGGGAGGUGCAGGAGGAUUUGGAAGAGACAAUCGACCAUUCCAACCCCCAGCAGACCUUAGACAGGGUCAAGGUUACCAAGCUCCUAGUCAAGGUGGUCAGUUCCCUGAUCGAUACAGAGGUCAGGACCGACCACCAUUACCAGGUCAAGGUCGUCCACAGGAAAGUGCUCAAUUCAGGGGAAGCUAUUCGGCAGAAGCAGCAAACUUUAGAGGUAGGGGUGAUCACCAUACUUCUAAAUCUUCUGAGCCUGCAGAGAAGCGACAGAGGUAUGACACAGCAACUAGUGCAAGUGGUUUAGAUUUACUUAAGCAAGAGUAUGCUGAGGAGGAACAGCCUCAAGCAACAGCUCUCGGUCAGUAUGCAGCUCUCCUAGCUGCGCAACAGAGACCACAACAAGUUGUGCCAAAGCAGGAGCAUCAGUGGGCGCGGGCUGAGUAUGGAGGUGUGGGACUCUAUGCUGGGCUGGCUGCUCAAGCUAAAGCUCUUAUGGAUCAGCAAACCCUACAACAAGGAAUACCUCAAGGUCUGCCCCAAGGUUUACCACAGGGCUUACCUCAAGGUCUUCCGCAGGGUUUAGGCUUACUUCCCCAAGUACCUGGUGAACAAUCAUUGCUUGGGCAUCCUGCUGCAGCGUAUGCUAAUAUGCAGCAGUUUGCAUUUAUGGAUCGUGGUGGAUUGAGUCAAAUGACAGGCGCAGGGUUGAUAGCAACUGGAGAUCAAAAUUUUGUGAGGAAGGCAGCAGUACAACCGCCACCACCUCCUCCAGAACUCGCAAGUGCUGGCGAUGUUCUGAGAGGUCAAGGCUGGCAAGAAAAGGAUGGCAAGACCCAAAGUCAAGAAGCAGCAGAUACAGCAAUAAACCGAGACCGUUCAGGUAAUAAUUCAGCAGAUGCAUGGAAAAAUUCUUGGCAGCAACAACAAUCACAGCAACAACAGCAUCAACAACAACAGCAGCAGCAACAACAACAACAAUCACAAAAACAACAACCCUCUCGCCAACAGGAAGGAUUUGGUAAUCAGCUGUCAUAUAACCGACCGGGAUCACGUAAUCAGUCCUCAGAUUCGCAAUUUUCACAAAAACAACCCCAACAGAGACAGCACGAGUCAUUUGAUACUCAGUUUUCUUCUGGAGCCAGACAACAAUUUGAGUCGCAGAAAAAGUUCCCACAGGAAAAGCAUCAACGCGACUCUUAUGGUCGCCAAGAAGAACAGACCACAUACAGAUCUGACAACCAGACCCAAUAUGGAGGACAGAAGCAAUACUCUGGUCAGAGACAAAAUCAGAAUGUUGAUAAUGCCAGGGGUAGACAGCAACCUCAACAGGAUAAUUUUGAAGCUGAUAGAGGUCAGUUUGGAAAUUUUGAAUCCUCAGAUUCAAGGCGUGAAGCUGGUAGUGAUGGUGGAGGAAGUCAAGAUUCCACGAGUAAACCAAGCUACACAGCAGAGGAAUCUGAUAAACCAAAACGUGAGAGGAGGAGGCCUAGUAAGUGGGAUACACCAUCAGAUGAUGCACCACCAUCUCCUACUCCAGAAGGUGAUUCUUCAGCUGCAAGCAUGGAUAUGCAAUCACAACAGGAAGAAAGUGGCCGUCCUGGUAUGAACAGUCCAAGAUGGCAGUCCCCUGAUAAUAAACGGGAUUCUUUCCCUUCAAAUGAUUUUGAUAGGCAGCAGGAACAAAGUCAGCAAAAUUUUAACGAUAACAGGCCUGGUUCUGGUAAUCAGCGUGGUCCACCUAACCAUGAUAGGUCAGGGGGUAGAUAUGGUAUGCAGGAUGAUCGUUCAGGUGGAGGAAGGGGUGGUUUCGGGGGUGGCAGGGGUGGUUUUGAUGGGGGAAGGGGAGGAUUUGAUGGGGGAAGGGGAGGUUUUGAUGGCGGAAGAGGAGGAUUUGAUGGCGGUAGAGGUGGUUUUGAUGGAGGCAGGGGAGGAUUUGAUGGGGGAAGGGGAGGUUUUGAUGGAGGAAGAGGGGGUCAUGGAGGUCGCCCACAACCCCUGAUGGGAGGUCCUGGUCCAAGAGGCCAUCCAGGUCAAAGACCGCCAUUCAGAGGCCAGCAAGGCCCAGGGCAAAGAUUCCAAGGUCCGGGACGAGGCAAAGGACCAGGUGGUAUUGGAGGUCCUGGUGGACCAGGAGGUCCUGGUGGUCCUGGUGGUCCAGGAGGCCCAGGAGGACCUCGACCUUUCAGACCUAGAAAUCCAUUUGAUGGUGGGAUGAGAGGCGGUGGAAGACCUCCGUUUGGACAACGGGGAGGAUUUAAUCAGAGAGGUGGAAUGAUGCGGGGUCCCAGACCUGGUGGUCCUGGAGGACAUUUUAACAGACAUUUAUAAAUGAUAAUAGCGUUGUCAUGCCAAUAUUUAUCAUGCAUUGUACAUAACAUACCAAUUAUGAAAUGGUCAUUUAUUAUCACUGUGUAAAAAGUCUUAUUGAUCUAGAACAUUUUAAAAGCGUUUUUAUUUCUCUUGUUAAAUAAAGAUGAAGUUCAUUAUUGAGAUAUGUGAGUUCUUUGGAAAAAAAUAAGUUAAUGAACAGUUUCUUAAAUUUUUCUUCAUGCAGAUUGAUCAGAAAUUUGCUUGUCAAAACAAAUGUUGACAAUCUACAUUUAUCAUUCGCCCUUUAAGUGUUAUUAUGGUCGUUCAGUUAGAAAUUACUAUUUCCUUGGAAAUAUUACAUUCAGUUGUUUCCAUUUUCAGUUUGAGCAUGGAAACUAUUGUUUAAUCUAGGAUCUUAGGAUGAUUCAGACAUACCCUUUAAGAAUUAAAUGCAUUUAAGCAACUUCAUCCCUCGUUUCUAUUUCAGAUUUUAAGUUACAUAUAUUUAGAUCAUGUGCUACUCGAGUAUUCAGACAGGUUUAAUAAGAAAUGCAAGUUUGAUUCGCUAUAAUAUAUUAUUCGUGUGCAUGAUUCAUAAGUGCGGUAAUAUAGCUUUAUACAAAUACAUUAUUUUGGGCAAGCGGGGGUCAUUUUCAGCGAAAGACUUGUUUUAUUGGUACUAAUAUGUAGAUAGUUCAGUUUGUAUGUUAUAUUCACUUUACUUUUUGUGUGUCCUCGAGUUUUAUUUCAGUUUAGGAUUUUUUUCAGCUACCCUCUCCAAAAUCUGCACUUUUUUUCAGCGUCUUUUGAAAUAAAUAUCAUGAAUGAUCCCUUAAUAGGUAAUGGUCAGUGAUUAUGUACUUAAGCAUUAACUACACUAAGGGAAAAAACAAAUUUGCUAUGAAGCACGUUUGAAUUUCGCUUGUUUCACUCAUAACAUUUUGCUAAAGACAUUCUUUCUGUAUGAAUUUGUACAUUUCAUGUAACGCUUUCUGUAUUAUGCGUUUUCAGAUAUAUGUGUAAGAAGUAAUUCUCUCUAUUGUUUGAUGUGAACAGCUAAUAAAUAGUGUCAUAGUACAUAUGUUGUCUCUGCAUGAGUAUUAUGAUGAUGAAUUUGAAAUGACAUAAUAAGUAUUGAUGAUAUCAGUUCUACCAUAAUUUCCCCAAAUAGGAUCUACCAAUGCUCAUAUUUUAUGUUACUACCUUAUGUAUGUUCUUGUAUUGUGUUUUGUGGAUUAAAUGUAGAAGCUCUUUUA